AUGCCAUCCUCCGAGGGCGCAAGAAACACCAGCAUAGGAAGCACCAACACAGAAAGCACCAACACAGGAAACACCAGCACAGAAAGCACCAGCACAGAAAGCACCAGCACAAGAAACACAAGCAUAGGAAACACGAGCAUAGCUGAGCAAAGCCCAGAUAUCCACCACCUCACAGCCAGCGCGAUCAAGCCUGAAGCGGAAGCAAAGACUCAGAAGUGCCCUCCAAUCAGCGUUAAGGUCAAGAAUCAAAUCACGAAUACCAAGGUCGUGUUCUUGAUCAAUAAGAAGACAGGACUCUCGAAACUGAUGAACGCAUAUGCCCAAAGUCAGGGAGUCGAUCCUGGAACCCUCCGCUUCUUCCUCGACGAUGUCCGUAUCAAGGAAGUGGAUACCCCCCGAACACUGGGAAUGGAAGACAAUGACCAGAUCGAUGUGUAUUUGGAGUCGCGGGGUGGAUCCCUUAUGCUUCCAAAGUGA